GAUGGCACCAAUCACACAGAGAGUGUAUACUACAUACUUGAUGCUCGCCAUGCUGUGUGUACUAGCUACAUACCAGGGUGCAUCAGGAGAUACCACCGAUGUCGAGGAAGCCAGACCUCGCCCACCACCUAACCCGGACCCCUGUACACCAUAUGCACAACCGUGUGACGGGCGGCGAGGUAUGGAAAAUUGUUGCGGUAUGCCAUUAUUGAGAUGUCGUAAAUACUCAGGAGAAUGGUGCGGAGAUAAUAGUUUACCAAAUAGUUCACCAUGUAUUUGUAGACACUCAGAAUUAUCCGGCGAAUAGAUUCCUGCUAGAUAUGACAGAUCAUGAUGAUUAAAAGUGCUCAAAGCUAGCCUUAUAUCAAUUCAUAUUUAGAUAUGUUGAUGUUGAUAUAAUUAUUAGGCCUAUACUGCAGCUCCACCAUACGUAUACUACUGUAAUUAUGGACAUGAAUUUUGGUGAUUGGUGAGAUAUUAAUUUUUAGAUGA